AUGGUCCUCGAUAGUCCCGUCUCCAUGCGCGAUGAUACCUCUGUGUGGCUCGUCCGAGCCUUCUAUGUCUUCGCCGCCUACGCUAUCGUGAUUGUACGCUUCAUACCAGAUCUCAGAACGCGAUUUCUUAAUUAUGGUGCCCGUUCUCCCGCUUCAGAAAAAGCAACGACCAGUGAGGAAACUGCUCUUCCCAAAUGGCUUCGUAUCCAGAUCGAUCCUAUGCUUGACUGGGCUGCGAAUGUGACAGUGCCACAUAGCUGGUUUACUCAUUUCUAUGCGACUUCAACUAUCUGUUCGGCAUGUUGGAUGUUUUACCAUCGCCGUGUUUUCGGAUCGUUGUUCUCGAUCGCAGACAAAUAUGCGUUGGUCGCAUCAUGGGAAGGUCGAACGAUUGUUGCCUUGAUGUUGUUGCAGUACCAAAGUCUUCGACGACUAUACGAAUGUAUAGUGAUUUCCAAGAAGAGUCAAUCUCGAAUGUGGAUUGGCCAUUAUGCUAUUGGUAUAGCUUUCUAUUUGGCAACGAAUAUUGCUAUUUGGGUUGAGCCGAGUGUUAGAGAAACACGACCGACAAUAGUUUCAGACCUCACCAUCGUCAAUCUGGCUCGAACCGUUGCAUGCGUUUUCACCUUCUUGUAUUAUUCCAAGCAGCAGCACGUGGUCCACAGAUUUCUUGCAAGCCUGAAGGGUUACCAGGUUCCCAACCACCAGAUCUUUCAGACCAGCAAUUUGGUUUGCCCUCACUACGCCUUCGAAGUUUACAUCUACCUCACUUUAACGAUCUUGACUGCACGAGACGAGCGCGUACUGAAUAUCACAAUGCUAUGUGCUACUGCUUUCGUCGUUGUGAACCUCGGCGUGACUGCAGACAUGACCAAGAGGUGGCAACUGAAGACAUUUCCGAAGCAGAGACCUGAAAUCGCUGGUCGGAACAAGAUGCUAAGCUUCUGGUGA